CUCUAGCUCCGCCUUCCCCUCGUAGCCCCAAGAAGAAGAUGAGUAACCCGCAGCCAGGAUUGCUAAAUCAUGGCAACAUUUAUGGAGCGACUGGCUUUUCUUCAGAAAGUGCCGACUCUGAUGAAGGCCACAGCAGAUGAUGAAAAUCCUUGUCCUGGCUACCUUUUCCAAGAAAUUGGUAAAAUCUCCCAUGAGUCCUCAGGAUGUGGUCAGUGUCUGUUGGAGUACCUUCUGGAGAGGCUGCAGGUGGAAUCCUGUCAUGUCAAACUCAAGGUGCUAAAGAUUUUUGUCCACCUCUGUGGCCAUGGCUCAAAUCAUUUCCUCACAGAACUCCGAAGGAACUCAACUUUCAUCCAGCAGGCAUCAGUUUACAGUGGCCCACCUGAUCCCAUCCAUGGCACAGCUUUGUACCAGAAAGUGAGGAAUACAGCACAGGAGGUGGCUAGGCUGCUUUUUACAGAAACAAUUUCCAGCAAGAGCAACAUCACCCCAAUUUCACUUGCCCCCCCAACAAUGGGUAUGGGUUCAGCAGCUUCCCACAGGUCAGGAAUGCAGGGCUUUGGAUACAGUCCAGGGAAGCAGGGAACAGCCGGCAGUGACUCUCUACUGGAUAAAAUCCAGAAGGCCGCAGAGGUGGUAGCCAGUGCGGUUCUUCCCCCAACUGAGCACCAGGGCAUCCGUCUCCAUGACAACCAUUACAGAGCGGUUGUGGCUCCAACGGCACCUAUAGAGGUGGCAGUGCCAGCAUGUGCCUACAACCUACCGGCUCACAGACCAAAAGUGACCCAGCGGUGUCCAGGACAGGUAGGAGGCGGAUGGGAAGAGACUGACAGCGGCAACAGCUCAUCUCACAACUCUUCUCAGGACAUCGCAGCCCACAGCAGGGCCUCUGUGGGGAGCAAGUCAGCCGGUACCGGGAGUCAAUCCGGGGCCAGCAGAGAGAGCAGUGGAGACCUGUCAGAACGGGUGGAAGCCUUGCAGUUAGGAGACUGUGGCCAGGAGAUGGCGCUCAUUAACAGACUGAUUGAGGGCUCCAGAGUUUUUCUGUCCAGAGAGGAGAGCCAGCACUUCAUCAAAGAAUGCUCCAUUCUUAACUGCGAAGUUGUGGUGGAACUGCUGUCAAGCAAACUUCAAGAUCCCUCGAGCACUGUUAAAAUGCGGACACUGUGUGCUGUAGCAUGCCUCAUGACCACUGACCUCCUCUCUUUGGAACAAAUGUUUGCAGCUACACACCGUAGGCUUCAUCAGCUGAGCGAGGGGCCUCCGGAACCUGCAGCAAACAAGGCCACGAAGAUCUUGAGACAGUUUGAGGCUCUGAUGCAAGGACCUCUGCACACACCCAGGCAGGAUGCAACGAACGGCAGUCAUCGGGCAACAAAUGACCCAUCGUCCAUGUCAACAUACUCAAACCCUUUGCUUCGAGCUCACUCUGCUGAUAGCACCAACUCCAACCAUCAUCAGCUGAAGGCGUCACAGACCGACACCUUAUCCACAUGUGCCACACACCCCCUCAAUCACACAUUGUGCUCUGUAAAUGAAAGCCUUCCUCCCCUUCAGAGAGUAGAUCCUGUCAGGACUGCUGAGAUGGACGUUGGCGGUGAAGAUCCAGAGCUUAUUGCAGACGGGGGCCCUCCCACAUCGUCUGGGCAUCAGAGCGCUCAGCCCUGUCUGAGCAGACUGUCAUUGUUUAGUGGUAUGGAGCUGGUGACCAAGGGGAGGCCACUGUGCGACAGGCCUCUCUGUGAAACAUCUCAGACAGAGUUUGACAUGAUGGACGGAAGUUUAACUGAGAAUCAAGAUGAACAAAACUCUGUCAGUCCUGUGGACUCACCUCAGCCUUGUAUCAGUAAAACAGCAAAUGACACAGUUGUGUCUGAUAGCAGCCAGCCUGUAUCUGCCUUCUCAUUUCUCAACUUUUGACAACUGACUUUUUUUUUUUUUAGAGAUGGAACUUAUAUAUUUAAACAAAUGAUGUCAUGAAGUAUCUCCUUUGAGGCAGGGUCUGAAAAGAAAAAAAAAAAGUACAGUAGUCACUGGUGAGACAAACCAUGCCAUUAAUUACCCAUCAAAUAUUUUUUUUGAGUUGAAGAAAUGUGCAGUUUUUUGCAAAAACAAUAAAAUAGAAAAUGGAAAGUAUUUCUUUCCAACCAGAGAAGCAACUGCAGUGGACGACUGAAUGUUACUGUAGAUCCUGUGUCUCCUUUGCCAUUUUCCCUGAGGGAUCAGUUAUGUUUAUAUGUAUGUGAAGCUGCUCAGUGGAAUGCCUCUCCUGUCUCUGCAUAUUUAAGAUAUUUUACAAUAGUUGAAAAUGUAUUAAAAGAGGUGAAAAUCACCUCAUGUGUCCAUGUGGAGAGCUGCUGCAGCAAAGCUACAAUGACAUCACACGACACAGGUUUUGGGCAUGUAGUCAUUCUGUUGGUAUAUUCUCACAGUCUGAUACAACUGCUGAACAUUUGCAGAAUAUAAUAUUGAUAUAAUGAUAUUAUAUCAGAUGGCGUGAUCCAAACAGAAUUAGAAAAUGAUUAGUCUCCACCUCUGACAACUGUCCACAUUUUUUUAUGAAAAAGGUCCGGUGAUGGACCACAGGAAAGAGCAGGACUUAGAUGCUUUAUUGUCAUUUUCUGCGUCCAGAUCAGUGUAGUAAGAUGGCUGAUUCACCUUCUGUUUGGUCUGGUGUUUGGUUCCUCUUCAGAUGUCACAUUUGAAUCAAGGAGUCACACAACUGUAGUGCAUUAAAAGCAUGGACACAGUUGAGUCUGUUCAACAAGCCUUCAGCUGAGUGCUCAUUCAUUUCUGAGUUAUGUUGCUGCUUUUGUUAACUGAGGUGUCUAGAAUCUCAACAGUAUUUCACAAGUACAUACGGUUAUUAUCAACAGUUGCUUGAUCUCAGGAUUCCUUUAAGGUGGUUGAAACAACUCUUAUGCCUCUGCAGCACACCCUGAACCUCUGAGGGAGAAUCUCUCUAUUGUACUUUGCACUACAAUGGCUUUUCAUAUGAGCUCAUAAUUGAGAGUGGUCUUCCGUUAUUUUUUGGUACUGAACUAUUAAAUGUUAAUAUAAACAUUGUGAGUGUUAGUUUACAAAUUAUUUAUGCCGCCUACCAUGUAUUGAUUGGAUCAUAAUCAUGAGAGUGACUGUUGAGUGCAUGUGUAUACUAUUUUAUGGGGAACUAAUGGAGAAUUGUAUUACUGAGAUAUUCUGUGUGCAUAACCAUGUCUGGAACUGUGUUUGAUUAAAACUCUGGAUUGAAAUCAACAUAAUGCAAAAUAUCUACAACUGCUGACAGUUGCUCUCAUCACCAAAUAAAAAGCAGAUUACCUUCACU